CUCACCAAGGACCACGAGGGCCGACAUUCACGCGACUACCAAAAUCCCCAUCAGACAUAAAGGCCACUGAAGCUUCAAGGAUGGAACACGCUUACUCUUUGGCUGGACUCCUUCUGCUCAUCAUCGUCCAAAGCAGUUGGCAGGUGCCGGACCAACAUACAAACUCGAUCGAGAACUCCGUUUCAAGUGAACCUCUCGAGCUUUCCAGCAUGAAGCGACAUUCAGAGGGAACGUUUUCCAACGACUACAGUAAAUACCUGGAAACGAGAAGAGCGCAAGACUUUGUUCAGUGGCUCAAGAACUCAAAACGAAACGGCAGAAGUGUAAUUCGGCGCCAUGCGGACGGCACCUACACCAGCGACAUGAGUGCCUACCUUCAGGACCAGGCAGCCAAGGAGUUUGUGAGCUGGCUCAAGGCCGGCCGAGGCAGACGGCAGUAGACCCCGCCGACGUCAACCUAGUCUGGGCCUCCACAACUGACUCUGUGCAAUCAUUAAAUGUUUCACAAAGUGUACCAUCCUUUUCCCUUGGUCGUCUUAUUUUUCUUCUUGUCCUCAUUAAUUACAGAUCAGGUCUUUCCAUAAGUGUGAACCACGUGACUGAAAUGUUGGC